CUCCCAAAAGAGAAUCCCCAAUCUUCCCACCUCUCUGACUCUCUCUCUCUUACCUCAGCCGCCCGCCGGCCGCGGUAAAUAGAGCAGCAUCGCUCGCCCGAGCGCGCCCAAAGCCCGCCAAACCCCCGCCCCAGCCGCGCUUUUCCCGCUCCCGCACCAUCGCCAGGCUCCCUUCUCCCGCUUCGCCCCCUUCUUUGUUCCCCCCACUGUUCCUGGGAUUCCCCUGCGCCGCCGCCGCCGCGAGAGAGACCCACCCACCAACAACCCGGCGGAGCAGAGGAGGCAGCCGAGGCGCGGGGGCCUAUGGGGAAGUACAUGCGGAAGGGGAAGGUGUCGGGGGAGGUGGCCGUGAUGGAGGUCUCCGGCGCGCUGCUCGGGGUCCGCACGCGCUCCCGCACGCUCGCGCUGCAGCGGACGGACGGCGGCAAGGGGGAGGAGGAGCCGGCGGGGACGGGGGACUACCUCGAGCUCAGGAGCAGGAGGCUCGUGAAGCCGCCGCCGCCGCCUACCAAGGACAAGGAGGCGUCCGCCGCGAGAUGGGCCGCCGCCGCCGCCGCCGCCAGGCGGAAGGAAGCGACGGCCGCCGAGGGGUUCGAGGCCGCCGCCGACCUCGAAGCGUCCUUUGGGGACAACGUUCUGGAUUGGGACGCCGCCGUGGAGAGGAGUACCAGGGAGACAACGCCUUGCAGUCUGAUUAAGAGCUCGGAUACGAUAAGCACCCCUGGCUCCGCAACAAGAACUAGCCAUCCAAUGAGUUCCCGUCGCAGGAUGGAGUCCCCGGUUUGUCGUUACAUUCCAAGUUCUCUCGAGAUGGACGAGUUCUUUGCAGCCGCCGAGCAACAGCAGCAUCAGAUUUUCAGGGACAAGUAUAACUUCUGUCCUGCGAAUGACUGCCCACUUUCAGGACGGUACGAAUGGGCUAGGCUAGACUGCUAGCUCCUCCAAGCAUCCCAGGAGCUCCAUUGAUCUUAGUGCACCAAAUGACUAGCAUCAUGUGGGAGGCGCAAUGCAAAUGCAAUAGCGUUAGGUUUCUUUCUCUGUUGUAAAAAAAUUAGAGUUAGCCAUUAGCGGCCCAGUGAUCUACUUGUGUAACCAGCAGGAGUGGCGCCUGCCCUGAGUUACACACCCUGAUGAUGAUCCCUGCCAACCUUACUGUAACAGUUAACAUCUCAUUCCGUAGCAGCUUAAUUAUCUGGGUAGGCUUAGCAGCUUAACUAUCUGCAGCCAUCUCUGUAGGCUCAACAGCUUAAUUAUCUGUUCCAGUUCUUGAUUCGGUCAUCAAUGAAUUAGUGCUAGAUUUCAUCUC